AUGCGCACUGCCCAGGGCCGUUCACAAAAUGGCGGCGCCCAUCAGAAAGCACUGGUGGUAGGAGUCCGUUCUUCUGGUUCCUUUCGCGCCUGGGUGGCCCGAUGCUGUCGUUGAGCCGCAAGCUGGGAUGCCGCUUGGGGAGGCCCCCGGCCUUCAGGGCCUGGUCCCAGGGGGCCAGGCCAGAGGCGGCCGAGGACAGCGGGGGCGGCGAGUAUGAGGUGGUCGUCAUCGGCGGAGGGCACGCGGGCACCGAGGCGGCGGCGGCGGCGGCGAGGGGCGGGGCCAGGACGCUGCUCGUCACCCACAGAAGGGCCUCCUUGGGAGAAAUGUCAUGCAACCCUUCGUUUGGUGGAAUUGGAAAAGGACAUCUGGUGAGAGAAGUGGAUGCAUUAGAUGGCCUUUGUGCUAGGAUUUGUGAUCAGUCUGGAGUACAUUACAAAGUAUUAAACAAGGGCAAGGGACCAGCUGUGUGGGGCCUCCGAGCUCAGAUUGACAGGAAGCUCUACAAAGAGAACAUGCAGAAAGAAAUUCUCCAAAUCCCACAUCUGACAGUUUGUGAGGCAUCUGUGGAAGAUCUUCUACUUACAGAGCCAGAGCCAGAGCAUCCUGGGAAAUGUUGCGUCAGUGGAGUCAUUUUGGAAGAUGGAAGGCGAGUGCAUGCUGGGAGUGUUAUUCUGACCACAGGAACAUUUUUGAGGGGGAUGAUCCUAAUUGGACUAGAAAUGUAUCCUGCUGGGCGAAUGGGAGACCAACCAUCCAUUGGCCUUGCUCAAACUCUGGAGAAGCUUGGAUUUACCAUUGGAAGGUUAAAGACGGGAACUCCACCCCGACUGGUAAAAGAUUCCAUUGACUUCAGUGUUCUGGAGCAACAAGCAGCUGACCAAUCUCCUGUGCCAUUCAGCUUCCUUAAUGAAGCUGUGUGGAUUAAGCCAGAAGAUCAGCUCUCUUGUUAUAUGACUUACACUAACCCCAAAGUGGAGCAGAUCAUCCGUGAUAAUCUUCACCUGAACAACCAUGUCCGAGAGACAACAAGAGGACCACGGUACUGUCCCUCACUGGAGUCCAAAGUUCUGCGUUUCCCCAAUCGUGUGCAUCAGGUCUGGCUUGAGCCUGAGGGCCUGGAUUCCAAUGUUAUCUACCCACAAGGAAUAUCAGUGACAUUGCCAUCUGAAAUCCAGGAGAAGCUCAUCACCCAUAUUAGGGGGUUGGAAAAAGCAAAAAUGGUACAGCCAGGCUAUGGAGUUCAGUAUGAUUUUCUAGACCCACGUCAGUUGAGUGCUUCCCUUGAGUCUCAUCUCAUUCAGCGGCUAUUCUUUGCAGGACAGAUAAAUGGCACAACUGGCUAUGAGGAAGCUGCAGCCCAGGGUGUCAUUGCUGGCAUCAAUGCAGGCCUACGGGUCAAAGGGAACCCUCCCUUUGUUGUUAGCCGAACUGAAGGUUACAUUGGAGUUUUGAUAGAUGAUCUCACCACUCUUGGCACCAAUGAGCCCUACCGGAUGUUCACAAGCCGUGUGGAGUUCCGGAUGUCCCUGCGCCCAGAUAAUGCUGACAGCAGGCUCACUUUCAGAGGUUAUAAUGAAGCUGGUUGUGUGUCCCAAAAGCGGUAUGAACAAGCAUCUUAUAUGAAAGCAAUGUUAGAAGAAGGCAUGGAAGCCCUGAGGUCUGUUCAGUUCAGCUCCACGAAAUGGGCCUAUCUUGUUCCAGAGGCUACCAUAAGUACUCAACGUAGUUCACCCCUCAGUGCUCUAGACAUUCUUCAGUAUCAAGAGGUCAACAUGGAGGUCUUGGCAAGAGCUGUCCCAGAACCCCUGAAAAAGUUUGCUGAAUGCAGACAACUGGCAGAGAGGCUGAAAAUAGAAGCUAUGUACGAAAGGCAUGUGUCCAAUCAGAGGUUAGAAAUAGAAGAAGUGCGUCGAGAUGAGGCUCUCCAACUGCCAGAGGAUCUGGAUUAUUUUGCCAUCAAUGCAUCACUAUCCCGGGAAAUACGAGAGAAAUUGGAUUCCCACCGUCCACAGACAAUUGGGGCUGUGAGUCGCAUCCCUGGAAUGACACCAGCUGCUGUUGUUAACCUACUGAGAUUUGUAAAAACCAAUUGUGAAAGAGUGAAGAGAGAACAUAGCUUACCCAGAAAUGCUGAUCCUUUACCAGAUGCAGAUCUGAUGGGACAAAGGAGGUUCCAAGCUGCUGAUGUAGGCAAUGCUUUUUAAGAAAAAGCCAUCGAAUACAUUAUUUGUGUUGUUGGAACCCAUGGUUUCAAUACCAUAUAUGUAUUUAUGUAUGUAAUUGCUAUUCAAUAAAUGUAUAUAGAAAAAAA